GCAUCUCCCUGUGCUUUUAGUGGUAUCGUCCGUUUCAGGUCAAAGGUAAGCUAGUUUGCGCGGAAAAAGAACCCAAUAGCAGGUCUUCGUUUCAUACCUGGGCCACCAUUUGAAACAGCCAUGGCAGACUCGGGAAACGACGACGAGCCGACCAUCCCGCGAGCUGCCAUCAACAAACUCAUCAAAGAACUGGUGCCAAACAUUAGGGUCGCUAAUGAUUCCAGGGAGCUGAUUCUGAACUGCUGUACCGAGUUUAUCCACUUGGUGGCGUCGGAGGCCAAUGAGAUUUGUACAAAAGAGGGGAAGAAGACAAUAUCACCCGAACAUAUUCUUGCAGCUCUAGAAAGCCUGGGCUUUGGUUCGUACACAGAAGAUGUGAGGAGUGUUCUGGAGGAGUGUAAAACAGUCGCAGCUAAGAAACGGAGAGCGAGCACACGACUUGAGAACCUGGGGAUUCCUGAGGAGGAGCUCUUCAGACAACAACAGGAGCUGUUUGC